CUUAAAUAGAGCAUAAUAAAUUUAUUGUGGGCUAAUUCGAAGAUGAAUAUUUCAGAGCUAACACUAGAGUUGGAGGUGAAACAGCUACGGGCUCAUCUUGAAGAGAAAGAGGAAACUCUGGAUAAAGCAGCUCAAUUUGGGAGACAACUUCUGGAAACCAACAAAGAACUGGAACAGCAACUGGAGGAAAGCACUAAGACUUGCUAUGAGAGGAUAGAGGGUUUGGAGCAAGAGAAGCACUCACUCACGCUCAAGACCAACUGUCAAGCAGCCAAUCUGGUCUCUGUACAGCAGGAACUAGAGGGUCUACAGAGCCAGCUAGAGGAUAGACACAGGGACGAGGUGCGGAGGCUGGAGGAGGUGUGUCAGAGACGGGCUCAUGCAGACGCUCAGACAAACGCUAGCCUCAAGGCCGAAGUUGAGAAGCUCGAGGCCCAGCUGCAUACGCUGACCGAGAAGUGUCACCAUGAAGAGGCGACCAUUCGCCAGCUGAGAGAGGACCUGUCCACUCCGGGCAACUCCACACUGCUACAGACCGAGCUAGAGGACGUGGAACAGCUGCUACUGGAAGAGCGCUCUAAGGCUGAAGACCUGGAGGUGCGUCUAUUGGAGGCUGAGGGCUGCUCUGAGGUGCUAGCCGUGGAGAGGGAGGGGUUGCUCUCCAAGGUGGCAACACUAGAGGAGGAGUGUCAGGAGAGGUGCAGACUCUCCAAUGAGUGGUUCGAGGGACUCAAGGAAGCCAAGGAUCAUAAUGUUGCUCUGAAGAGUGAGCUGGACUUGCUCAAGCUGGACCAGGAGGCGGGUUAUCACGGCAAUAAGGGGAAUUCCCUCUUUGGGGAGGUGGAGGACAAGAGAGUGGAGGCUGAACGCAAAUUCAUCUCACUCCAGGUCCGACACGAGAGUCUGGAGAAGAACCACUCAAUCACUAAACAGCGUUACGCCAGGCUCAAGGCUGAGAUGUCGGCUCUAUUCUGUCGUUACAGUUCCACCUCUGCUGAUUCUAACCAUCUCCAACGGCUACAAAGGGCACUCUCUCAAAGCCAGAGCGAAAAUGAGGGACUACGCAACAAAAUGCGCAAACUAGAGACUCAACUUUCAGACAGUACCUCUCUACAGGACCAGCGGAAACUUGUGUCUGCAUUCGUGGACUUUGGGGACAAGGCUGAGUACAUCCAGUUCCUGGAGCACGAGAUCGACCAGGCAAAGUCCCAGCAGAGUGCAGUACUGAAGGAGUUGGAUGUGAAGAGGACACAGUUGGUCUGGGAGAGCAACAAACUGACUGAGGCUGAGUCCAAACUAUACCACAGUGAGCAGCAGAACGCUCGCAGGAAAGAGGAGCUCACCAAGAUAAGGAUAAGACUGCAAGAGAGCACAGAGAAAAUGAACCAAACCGGCACCAAGAUUGCCCAGUUGGAAGCCGACAAGACGUUUCUUGAGGGGGAGCUAAAAUCUCGACGUGGUCGCAAAACAUUUGCCCCAAACCCCCCCAUGAACUAUUUGAACACUGGUGACCGAUCCCUGAACAACCAAAGCUCUUCAAGUAGCAGUCUCAGAAAUUGUGACCCCCUAAGCAAACCAAGUGAUAUUAUUUCAAAGGACAAAAGCGUCUCUUUGGCCAAUCAUCAAGAAACUAUUGAGCGAAGAAGCGAAUCGAACGGAGAGCUCAAAAGAUAUAACUCGAGUGAGAAAUUAGAGCAGCCACAGAGAGUUAUAAACUUGCUAGAGGAGUUAGAGACAGAGUUUAGCCGACAGAAGAGUAGUGAUGUUGUGUCAGCUAGUAAAGGAGAUACUGAGAACAGUGUGCCCAGCUCCAAGGUGGUCUAUGUCAGUAACAAGAAAGCAGAUCAAUGCGCUCAACAGUGAACUCUCUUACAGCAUCCUUGUUUGUUUGUGUGUAUGAAUGUACUCCACACAUGUACUGUACUGUUUGAUAAAUAUUAACGCAAACGUCCCAAUCAGUUUUUUAUAACGACGA